CUUGGGGAGAAACGGGGAGCGGCUGGGACGCAGCCUGCCCCUUCCCUGAUUUUCGAACGGCCGGAGGUCUCCCCCAAGCCCGUAGCGCCUCCAAGCGCCUCUCGGCCCGGGCUUCUGAGGCGGUCUUGGUGUGUGGGCGCCUCCCAGGCCGGGCGGAGAGGGAGCCGGCCUUCGGACUGCCCUUCUCUUGGUGACAGGAUUUUUCCGUGAAGUGUGUCCGGACCGAGGCUGGCAGGCUGUGUCUGCAGAGCAUUUAUAGACUGAGGAGGAAAGGAAAAAGCGUGAACCAGACUUAUAAUAAGGUUCUUGAUAAAAAGUACUUGGUAGACUACAGUAUUUCAGAAGAGAGGUGAAAGAGUAUAUUGCAACUCUGAAUCAAGCCUGUAGGAAGGUGGAUUGACUGGCAUUAAGCCACAGGUGAUCUUUUGAAAAACGUGACACGAGAACUGGGAAAAACCUGCUCUUCUGUACCAAGGCAGGGGACAAUGUCACAAGUUAAAACUUCCUAUUCCUAUGAUGCUCCCACGGACUUUAUCAAUUUUACCUCUUUGGAUGAUGAGGAAGAUGCCCAAAACAUAGAUUCUUGGUUUGAAGAGAAGGCCAAUUUGGAGAAUAAGUUUUCUGGGAAGAAUGGCAUAGCAGGGCUUUUUCAGGACAAAACUCCUCUGAGGAAGCCUAAUCCUCAGCAAGCUAUUGUCACACCUUUGAGACCAGUCGAAAACACUUACUACAAAGAGGCAGAAAAAGAAAAUCUGGUGGAACAGUCCAUUCCAUCAAAUAUUUGUUCUUCCCUUGAAGUCAAGGGAACCACCUCAAAAAAUACUCCAGUGCAGCCUCAGAGAAGAUCUACUAGACUCUCUGCUCAGAAAGAUUUGGAACAGAAAGAAAAACAUGGGAAAAUGAAAGCCAAGAGAUGUGCUACUCCUGCAAUCAUCCAUGAAAUUCCACCCUCCAAAAAAAUGAAAGUUUCUAACAAUAAAAAGAAGCCAGAGGAAGAGGAAGAAGGCAGCACUCAUCAAAAUACUUCUAAAAAACAUGAGUCUUCCCCAGAGAAAGCCAAGGGCAGACGAACUGUGUCUUGUAUACAGCCUGUGAGGCAGAAGACUCUAAAAAGUACUGAGGAGCAAGAGUUGGAGAAGAGAAUGAAAAUGCAACAGGAGGUGGUGGAGAUGCGGAAAAAGAAUGAAGAAUUCAAGAAACUUGCUCUUGCAGGGAUAGGGCAACCUGUGAAGAAAUCAGUGAUCCAGGUAACCAAAUCAGUUGACUUCCACUUCUGCACAGAUGAGCGAAUCAAACAACAUCCUAAGAACCAGGAGGAAUAUAAAGAAGUGAACUUUACAUCUGAACUGCGAAAGCAUCCUGCAUCUCCUGCCCGAGUGACUAAGGGAUGCACCAUUAUUAAGCCUUUCAACCUGUCCCAAGGAAAGAAAAGAACAUUUGAUGAAACAGCUUCUACAUAUGUGCCCCUUGCACAGCAGGUUGAAGCCUUUCACAAACGAACCCCUAACAGAUAUCACUUGAGGAGCAAGAAGGAUGAUACUCUGUUACCCUCCAAAUCUGCUGGGCUCAAGAUAUCCAGAGACCCACAGACUCCUGUGCUGCAAACUAAACAGCGCACAAGGCCUGUGACCUACAAAAGUGCAGCAGAUCAGGAGGCUGAGGAGGUUGAGAAACUGCAACAAUACAAAUUCAAAGCACGAGAACUUGAUCCCAGAAUUCUUGAAGGUGGGCCCAUCUUGCCCAAGAAACCACCUGUGAAGCCACCCACUCAGCCUGUUGGCUUUGAUUUGGAAAUUGAAAAGAGAAUCCAGGAGCGGGAAUCAAAGAAGAAAUCAGAAGAUGAACACUUUGAAUUUCAUUCCAGACCUUGCCCUACUAAAAUCUUGGAGGAUGUUGUGGGUGUUCCUGAAAAGAAAGUACUUCCCAUCACUGUUCCCAAGUCACCAGCCUUUGCGUUGAAGAACAGAAUCCGAAUGCCCACCAAAGAAGAUGAGGAAGAGGAGGAACCGGUAGUGAUAAGAGCUCAACCUGUGCCACAUUAUGGGGUACCUUUUAAGCCCCAAAUCCCAGAGGCAAGAACUGUGGAAAUAUGUCCUUUUUCUUUUGAUUCUCGAGACAAAGAACGUCAGUUACAGAAGGAGAAGAAAAUAAAAGAACUGCAGAAAGGAGAGGUGCCCAAGUUUAAGGCGCUUCCUUUGCCUCAUUUUGACACCAUUAACCUGCCAGAGAAGAAGGUGAAGAACGUAACUCAGAUUGAGCCUUUCUGCUUGGAGACUGACAGAAGAGGUGCUCUGAAGGCACAGACAUGGAAGCAUCAGCUGGAGGAAGAACUGAAACAGCAGAAAGAAGCGGCUUGCUUCAAGGCUCGUCCAAACACUGUCAUCUCCCAGGAGCCCUUUGUUCCCAAGAAAGAGAAGAAAUCCGUUGCUGAGGGCCUUUCUGGUUCUCUAGUUCAGGAACCUUUUCAGCUGGCCACCGAGAAGAGAGCCAAGGAGCGACAGGAACUGGAAAAGAGAAUGGCUGAGGUAGAAGCUCAGAAAGUCCAGCAGUUGGAGGAGGCCAGGCACCAAGAGGAAGAGCAGAAGAGGGAGGAGCUGGCCAGGCUACGGAAAGAACUGGUACACAAGGCAAAUCCAAUACGCAAGUACCAGGGUGUGGAAGUAAAGUCAAGUGACCAGCCUCUGACUGUGCCUGUUUCUCCCAAGUUCUCCACUCGAUUCCACUGCUAACCUCAGCUGUGAGCUACAGGCACCACCUGGGAAGAGGAGCUGCUCUUUUCAUGAAACCAGGAGCCUUCUUUCCUUGUCACCAGGGCAAUAGAGAGAACCCAUUUCUCCAGACUUUACCUGCUCAUGCACAGCAGCAUACUUGACAAGUGUGGACUCCAGUCUUGUUGAGAAUUGUUUUCCUACAUUAUUGAGACUAAUAAUGAGACUCAUGCAUAUCUUGCUCUGAUUCCAUGUAGUUAUUUCCUAUGAACUCAUAUCAGUCAACCUUUAAUGAGUCUUAACUCUGACUAGUAUCAGCACAGUAUACUUUCUUUUGCCUCUUUGCCCUCUCCCCCCCUUCUUUCUAUUUUAAUCAGAAAAUAAAGAUAGUUAAAUACUAAGAUAGAAUUUAAGUCAUGGCUUACCUGAGGAACAGUUAAUAUAUCAGAUUCUUUCCUCCUCUCUGCUCAAAAUGAAUUUUGAGUUAAGGAGCCUGUCUCUACAAAGGGUGGAAGCUUCAUUAACCAUGCAAUCAUGAGGAAGACCAUGGACUGACAGGGAGCUUUGCAGCAGCCAUCAGCAGACUUUGGGGCAGAGCUGCUGUUAAGGCACUGUCUUCCCUUGUCAGUGCUGAUAAUAACAGAAUGCCAUGCGAUACACUUUUUAAGUCCUCCAUAAACUGGAAUGGAAUAAACAUGUUUGUCUUCCCCUCCC